UUGUCAAUAUAAAAUCUGCCACGCGUCAACAAUAUAAAAGAAACGACAAAACAAAUAUUUUAGACAAGCAUUGUAAUAUGUCAUCAACAAAUUAUGGGAAUGAGUAAAAAAAGCAAUGGAAGAAAAACGGACCAGGAAACACAGUCGCCAAUGUUGAAAAUAUUCAAAGAUAUUAUACAACGUGAUAAGGAUCCCGAAAAAACCACCCUCCUCAAGGAACAUCAUGAAGACAGGAAGAAGAGACACUAUUCUACAUCAAAACCGAAAGUAAGCCAUAAAAGCGAGUCAAGCAGUUCAGAACGUUCGAAAAAAACUGUGUCGUAUAAGACCCAAGAGACGAGGAACUUGGAGUAUGAACAGUGCAGGCCGCGGAGUACGCCUUUUCAAAGCGAUAGAAAAGAGAGUUGGUGGUUUUGGGGAGACCCGAAGACAUCCAACCGCGACACGCGCUCAUGCGUCUCUUGCGUGUUGAAAAGACUAGGCGGUUCAGAAUAUUUCUGCGUGGGAUGUCUUUUGCUGAUCUUCGCGGUAUCGGUGGUGGUGGCGUUCCUGCUGGUGUUCAGGAGUGUGCCCACCAUAGCCGCCGUCACUCCUGUGCCAGGCAUGCUGGAGAGCGACAGGCUGAGAAGGAAGAUGGACGCCCUCAACGAGAAGAAGAAAGACUUGAAGAAAGGAGAUUCUAGGGAGAAGCGCGAAUGGGACAACUCCGUUUGGAAGAAUCUGGAAGGUCAGGGAUCACUUUCUAGAACAGAUUUUGGUCAAGCCGGUUACAACGAUAUGGUGAGUAUCGACGAAAACGGCAAGUCUGAGCUAUCAAACGUAAUAGACACCGAGAGAAUGGAAGAUAUCCGAAGCAACGAUCGAUUGAGAGAUUUUUUCAAAAAGUUAGUCGAAACUGAUGCACAGAUACGUCUGCUUAGAAAAGGCAUGCAGCGCCAGAGUUUUUCCACUGAUGAGAGCGAAAAAUCAUUGAAAAAGUUAUUGGAAAGAUCAAAAAGAUCUGUGAAAACCAACCGUACAAAGAUUGCUAACAAAAAUAAACAUGAAAUCUUCGGGAAAGGAAAGAAUACUCUAAAGAGUCGUGUACACCGUCCAUUUUAUAUUCUAAGACGUGGUAAAACCAAAAACGCGCGAAAUAAAAGAAAUCCUAACAAUGGCGAACCAACAGGAUAUUUUAUAGAAAAGAAGAAAGUAUUAGUUCAAUAUAUGCCUAUCGCGGAAACCAAAAAAAUACCCAAAUGUUCGCAUGCGCCCAAAGACUCAAAAUCGCACGAAACUCUACUAAAGCAUCCAUUUUACAAAAACACACAGAGACUGGACGAAAUGUUGGACCAAUUUAUAGCCAACAACUUCCAUGAAAUCAUGGGAGAUCCAUACGCACUAGAUCUACUGAUGAAAAAGAAAAAAGAGAAAUGCAAACACCCAAUACCCCAUAAAUAUAGGACUAGUGCUCAUAACAAGGUGAAGGAAAAGAUGGAACCAAAUGUAGAGAAGAUAUAUGAACAGAAGAUAAGUGAUGAGGAAAUAAGCAAGUUAUUACAGCCACUUGUAACAACGGCAUUGCUUGAAAAAGAUUCAGAAAAUUUGGAAGUAACCAAACCCAAAGAAACAACUGGUUCUAAGUCAACAAGUGAUAAUUAUGACAUCGUUUUGAGCAUAUCAACUAUUUUAAGUCCAGACAUGCCCUCAGUUACACCUUCGACUCCAUUUGGAAGAAACUACGUUUUCCGUAAGCUCAUGCAAGUGGAUGAAGAAGACGAAGAAGGCAUUGGUUACGAGGAUCUGAACGAAGUCCUCGCUGAGGACACAGAGGCUCAUGACGAGAGGGACAACAGUGUUGAUCGGAAAAAGAGGGACGAGCUGACUCAACUACCGCAAGUCCAGAAUGUACCGAACCCGACGGGCGUCAGUAACCGGAAUUGGAAAGGCGCAAUGCCUUUAUAUCCUGAUGAAAUCAACUCGAUGAUAAAGCAAGCGGCACUCAAUGCUAACAAACUGGUGUAUCUUAAAAAUAAAGAGGGUAAAGACAUAUUUCUACCCAAAGAUGCAUCUUCAGAAGCCGAAGAUGAGAACGACGUUCAGUACAUUGAAGAGUAUUUCAACAGUAAAUAUAACAGACUGGUGAAUAUGGCUCAAGCGUACAGUGAUUAUGGAGUGCUAGAUGGAAAACGGAAUGGCGUAGGGACUGAGAAAACGGGCGAUCAGAAGAUCUUGGAACACAGAGUAAAGCUGUCUGCAGAUGGGGCGCUUGUUGGCAGCGGGCUGUUUGGAAGGCUGAAGAAACGUACUCGACCCUCAGAAGGCAUAAGGUUCGAAUUACGACCAACCGCCCCCUCCACAGCCCGCGAAGACCCCCCACUAGGAAUGUCAAAGCUCUUACAUAAACAUUUGAAAAUUUCUCCCGAAAAUUGUCAGCCACCUAAUGCCCCAGGAAGUAGUAUGCUUCCACCAUCUGAAAUGGAAUUCAUGUACUCUCCUACUAAAUUCGAAAAGCCAGUUAUAGAUGACGACUCAAAAAAGAAACCCAAGAGUGAAGAGGAUGAUGGGUUUAUGUUUAGUUUCCACAAGGGCCAAAGAUCGUUAAAGUCUAUAGAUGGUGUUGAUGAUUAUUCAAAUGAGAAUGAAGAUGAUGAAUCAAUUACUGAUGAAGCAGUAGUCGAUAUAAUACAUAAUGGUGAAACAGGCAUUACGUUAUUCAAUUAUUUUGAAAAUAUCCCGUUUCAUAAAAUAAAUAUUGAUAGUGACUAUAACGGAGAAGUUAAGAAAUUGUGUGUAAAAAGAGAUGUGAAAUUAAAACACGAUCUGCUGGAUAAUGAAUUAAUAAAACAAAAGAAUAACAUAAUUAGUAACAAUGGUGUAACAAAAUAUAACCAUGGAACUAAAGGCAAUAGUAAUGUAGAAUUUAAAGUCCUAACCGAUGAAAAAGGCAAUAUUGGAAACCCUCUUAAUUCUAAUGUUUUUUCAACACCUUAUACGAAACCAAACGUAUCAAGUGGAACCAAUAUUGACAUUUCCAAAUUAGUAGAAAAUGGUACUGAAUUACACAAUACAAGUUUAAACGGAACGAAUUCUAACACAACUAAACCCUCUGAUGAUGGAAUGGAUUUAAUUGACCUUUUUAUGAUGUUCACUAAUUUGUUUAACUACUUGGAUUUUGAUAUUGCUCAGAAGAUAAAUGCCAACUUGAACACGACAACUAUCGAAAGAAAAGAUCAUUCCAUCAGUAACAGCACAUCCCAAACUACGAAAGCAAUGAACGGUCCAAAUAUAUCUGAAAACAUCGUUCAUAGAUCUAGAAUGUUACUUUCUGUUGACAAUGCGACCAUAGAAAAUAUAGAUGAGGAGUCGACAGCAAAAGAACAAAUCACUAAAGCUACUGAAUCUGACAAAACAACCACUAUAAAGUCUACAACACCCAAAGAAGCGAACACUACACAGCUAAAAAUAGACAAAAAUAUAGCAACAACCAUAACCGUUAGGGUUAAACAAUUAAAAAACAAAACACUAGUGAAGAGAAACGCUGAUGAUUCCAAUCUUAUAUUCUGGAAUGAUAUUUAUGACGACGAGUAUGGGGUUAGGGUAGAACCGGAAGAGACUGUGAGGGACAAACAUUCAGUACCAAAGGCCCCUGGCACUUGGUUCAAAGAUAAAUUGAAGAGAUUGACUGAUAACAUGCGCAAGAAAUCCGAGAGAAGAACGAUCAAAAGGAGAAUUUUAAGAAACGCUCAACGUUUUAGAAACUUCAAUCGAAAAGGCAGAAGUGUUGGGAGACUUUAUAAAAGGGAUCUUAAGUUAGUUGAAUCCGAUGAGUUUCAACCAGAUAGAAGUUUUGCAACUCUCAAUGCUAAUAUGAAAGAAGUUUGUAAGAAGGCAGCAAGGGCUGUGCAGCAGGUGAAAAAUUUGGAAGUAAAAGAAGAUACGAAAGAAUCGGCAGCGUCCACGUCCUUGAUGCAGCAGCUGGUGAAGCUCAUGACCGAUCUCGUGGAUUACCAGGUGCAGCAGAAAACAUGUCUUCAAUUACCUCCAGAUCUUCAGGACUUCCUAGAAUGGUUGACAGGGCCCAACCAGGAAGGAACUCAAGACACAGGCUACAAAAGAAGUUUUCAAGACGAUUUUAUGGGUGACUUGGAGAUCAGUGGCAAUGAUGAUAUUGCAUCGUUCGCAGACAAAUCGACCGAUCGGUAUUUGACCAUGGAUAUGAUCACGCCAUCCACCAGCGAAAGGGAGGAAGUCCGUCCCGAGGAGAGGUCCGACUGCCUCGGCACACUCCGAGCUGUUCAGGACUUGAUCCUUAAGUACGAUGAGCUUAGCGAAGAGGAAAAGAUUAAAAUGGCUGGCAUCAAGGAAUACCUAGACAAUCAGUUAGAAUACUUGCAGAAGUAUAUAGUUUCGAUCGAUGAGCUAAAUUAUCAGAAAAGAGAUUAUCCCAUACGAUACAAAAGAAACAUCCAACGAAAAACUAACAAUGGCAACAAAAUAAAAAAGAGAGGGAAAAUCAAACAACGAAUCAAAAACGUAUUAAAAUUUAACAAAAAACACACGAAGACUACCAGAGCGAGCUUCUCGCAAACCACAGCAGUGAAAAGACAAGAUCCAAGAAAUAACCAACCAAAGAGUUUCGUUAAACCUAAGAAUCGAGGUAAUAUAGAUCCAAACACAAUCGGUCCAAUGAAGAGGAAUCUCAAAGACGUUUAUUUCAAAUCCUUAGAUGAUGCUAAAAAGGUUACUACUAAAAGUUAUCAGAAGUAUGAAGAUUAACUCCUGUUUAUAACUGGCUUGAUACAAAUCCAUUAAAAUCUCAGGAAGAUAGAAACACAACAUAAUAUUAAACUUAAUAUAACCUUAACGCAAUUUUCAAUUAACGAACCGAGUUUUUUUUAUCAAGCAGGAAAAUGAACCAAUCAGAACAAAGGUUUUUGUGACAUACUUAUAAAUUACUUAUUUUGAUCGGUUUAUUCUCUGGAUCAAAUUAAAGAUUGGGAUCAUUUAUUAAAACUGAUUCGGAUUAGAUGUUUUAGAUAUUAUAAUUUUACAAAUAUGAUUCCCUAACGAUAAAUAAAAUAGGUUACGUACACUGCUAUUGAUUUUUAUAAUUGUGUAAAAAUAAUUUGAUGUAGACGGAGUUUGUAAACAAAACACGGCCGUGUCACUGCACGGAUACUGCCCGUCUUUGAAUAAUUCGUAGUACUAUAUUAAUAUCACGCAUGCGCUUUUGUGGCAUUAUCAAAUAUUGUAUUUUAUUUCCGUAGUUUGGAAUAUUGCGUCUCAAUUUGUUAAGAUGUCUUUCUAAAGUAAUGUUUUUAUAUAAUUUGUUUGUAUGUAGGUUUAUUGUGAGAAUAAAAUAGUUAUUAUUA